UUUUGUACCUGGUAUUUCUCAAGAUGCUGCCAGCAGUCGACGAAAAGUCUGCCGAAUCCGGCGUGACUGUCAUCACAGAUAGUGGAUCGUUUCGACGUGACAGGGCCGAGAUCAAGGCGUCGUACAAGAAGUACAUCAUUGUUGCUGUUGCUGUCGUUGUUGUUGUUGCUGUUGCUAUCGGUGGAAUAUUGGGGGCAGUUCACAUCUCUAACAAGGCAGCACAAGAUGUGUGGAAGGAGUACCAUCUCCGUUUAACCGACAAACAAGGGAAAAAAGUUGAAGAAAAGGUUCAGGUUGAUCUGAAGGACAACAUCACCGUGUACAACGUGAACAACGAGAAGUUCCACGUUGCCAUGGACAACUCGAGAAGUCUGGUAGUAUACAAGAUGGAAAUGAAUGACAAGUUUGCUUGUUACUUGACUCCAAUGAACAAAUCUGAAGAGACUGACAGCAAGGACGUGGCCAACGCUUUGGAACAACCGAACACCGUCGAAAAUACGACAAAUGAAGAUAAUGAACAAAAACAAUUCGUUGCCAACACCUCCCCGAUCAAGAACAAGUCCUUCCUAAGUCCCAGGAUGAAGGAAUUUUGCAGGAAUCUGGAGGCAUACUGGUUAACUCAGAAGGACGGCAACACUGUAGAUGGCGCCAGCACCCAAACCCCUGCAGGAGGUGAACGCCAGAAGCGAGCUUGCUACCGGAUACGCUACAUAUGCCGGGUUCGAAUAAGGAUAUGCAUUAGGGUCAGGAUCGGUUUUCGGUGGUAUUGCCGAUAUAGGUAUACAUACGUUUUUAGAUACUGUUAUAGGUACAGAUGCUUUGGUAAAUAAACGUUGCUGCGAAGCAUUUGUUUAUCUCAAAGAUUAUUGCAAAGCGUGAUAAGUCAGCAUUAAAAACUUCCCGCGGCCGUGUGUAUCCAAGUAUAUUUUCAGAACCAUAAAUGAAAGAGGAUUAAUCCACCGUUACAUGAGUUUAUAUGAUAUAGGAACCACAUGGUGCUAGCACAGAAUGACGUUUCAGAUAAGUACCCGCCCGAGUUCUCAA